GUUUACAAAUUUCGAGGCUUUUUGAAUUUUUAAAUUUGAAAUUAUUUAUCAAUUUUCUAUGAAUUUUUGACGAAUUCCUCAAAUUUAUGACCUAAAAAGAAUACUUUUAUGAACAAAGCAGUUUUUGGAACACAUCUGCAGUAAUAUUCCUGAAAAAGAAUCGUAUCAGUUAUCAAACCAUCUUCCAGAAUCUCAACUAAUAUGAGUAAAGUAGUAAAACGUCGUAAGGCAAGAAAAAACAAAGACAGUCCUUUGGAGAAGAAAUUCAAAGAACGAGAUGGUGAAGUAGCCCUUGCCCGAGGACGUUUGGCCGGAGCUUUGAAAGGCAUUCUGAAUCAUAAUAAUGACGACUGCGAUGAUUUAGAUCUAUCAGGCGUUCUUAGUCCUAGUUUGAAUUCCAAUUCAAAGAGGUCUAUGAUAGAUCACUCGUCAAUGACGUGGAAAAAGCCUAAAGCAAAUAAUAUCGAAGAUCAUCAAUCUUAUUUUAUGAAGUUGAACGAUCGAAGCGUAGAUUUAGCUCAAUUUGACAUAAAUACGCCUCUGUAUCCGAUUUGUCGAGCUUGGAUACAAAAUGAACCUAUUUUAGCCAAAAAAACGGAAGACUCGAGUUGUGGGCUUUUAGAAAUAAAACACGACGAAGACGUAGAUAGUCGUUCCUUAGAUUUGAAUGAAAAACCAUAUCGAUCACGUCUAGAUACCAAAGAGGUGAAUCAAUUACCGCCUCCUAAACCAUUACCAGAGGGUGUUACUACCCUAAAAAUACCUCAAGUUUCACCUCACAAGACACCAAAUUUCAUUUUAAAUGCUGACCAGGAUCAAGCUCCAAGUCGAGAAGAGCUGCUGAAAUCUCAUUUACAGAAUUGGUCCACUGUGAGAAAGAAAUGGCGUGAUGCUAGUUUCAAAAACGAAGAACGAUACGCAGCCAGCAAGGAAAUCCUAACAAAAAUGUUUGAACGGGCUCAAGUCCAAUUCCAAAUGCCAAUCGUAUAGCUCGCUGAAUUUUUCCAUCACCCAAAUAAAUAACACCUUGACUCAAACAAAUCUAUAUUUCGAUGUUACUUUUUAUAUAAACGUUGUUUGUAAAAUUCUGUAAUAAUUUGUAGAACAUUAGAAAUAAAUUCUAUAAACAAUA